UGAAGAAAAGAUUUGAGGUGCUCUUACAUUUUAGUCAAAGAUCUGCUUGUUACCUACCAGCCAGUACCCAAGAUUAAAGAAGUGCGCAGCAAGAGGGCCAUGUAAUGACAUGGAGCCUGAAAUAAACUGCUCUGAAUUGUGUGACAGUUUUCCUGGCCAGGAGCUGGAUCGGAGACCCAUUCAUGAUCUCUGCAAGACAACAAUUACGUCUUCCCACCACAGCAGUAAGACAAUUUCUUCAUUAUCUCCUGUCCUCUUGGGCAUUGUGUGGACUUUUCUCAGCUGUGGACUUCUUUUGAUAGUCUUCUUUCUUGGCUUCACAGUUCGCUACAGAAAGAACAGGAUUGUGAAAAUGUCCAGUCCCAAUCUGAAUAUUGUGACCUUACUGGGCAGUUCUCUGACUUACAGUAGUGCUUACCUCUUUGGGAUUCGGGAUCGAGAUGCUUCGGGGGGAAGCUCAAUGGAAACUCUCAUUCAGGUAAGACUGUCCAUGCUGUGCAUUGGGACCUCCCUUGUGUUCGGACCCAUUCUGGGGAAGAGCUGGCGACUGUACAAGGUGUUUACCCAGAGGGUCCCAGACAAGAGAGUGAUAAUCAAAGAUCUGCAGCUCCUGGGAUUGGUGGCAGCCCUGGUGAUAGCUGAUGUGAUUCUGCUCAUGACGUGGGUAUUGACUGAUCCCAUCCAGUGCCUCCAGAUUCUUGGUGUCAGUAUGACGGUGACAGGCAGAGAAGUGUCCUGCUCACUGACCAGCACACACUUCUGCGCUUCCCGGUACUCUGAUGUCUGGAUUGCUCUCGUUUUGGGAUGCAAGGGUCUGCUGCUGCUGUACGGUGCUUACCUGGCUGGCCUGACUGACCACGUCAGCUCUCCUCCUGUGAAUCAGUCUUUAACCAUCAUGGUUGGGGUCAACCUUGUGGUGCUGGCUGCUGGGCUUCUUUUUGUGGUCACCAGAUACUUGCACUCCUGGCCAAACCUGGUCUUUGGCCUCACAUCUGGAGGAAUCUUUGUUUGCACAACCACCAUCAACUGUCUCAUCUUCAUUCCCCAGCUGAAGCAAUGGAAGACAUUUGAAGAGGAAAACCAAACAAUUAGAUGCAUGGCCAAGUAUUUCAGCACUCCCAGCAAAAGCUGCCAUACCCAGUAUGGUGAGGAACAGAAUUGCCACGCUAGAGGAGAGAAAACCUCCAUGGAAAGACUCCUCACAGAAAAAAAUGCUGUGAUUGAAAGCCUGCAGGAACAAGUAAACAACGCCAAAGAGAAGCUAGUGAGGCUGAUGUCAGCUGAGUGUGCCUAUGACCCCCCAGUGUGGCCUGUCUUGCCUGCCUCCUCCCACAGCAAGGACAGCCAAGCCGCAGCCCCCAUGCAUGGCCUGGCACCCCCAAGGCAUUCAGAAUGCCUCUCUGACUCUCAGAAUGAUACCAGGGCAGCUACCCAGGACUCCCAGACUACCUCAGCGCCCUCCUCAAGUGCACAAAGCCUCUUGGGGCUGGGGAAGGACUCUGGGUCCUCCCCAGGAGAGAAGAUGUCUGACUUAAAAGACUUUUCUGAUCAUUUAAAUGUGAGCUACAGUCAGAAGCCACAGGCUGAGCAAAGCCAGGGAACAGAAAGAAGAGACAAGGUACCCACGGCCCCCCACCAGAGUCUCGUGCCAGGUGAAGAAGGCUCUGUUCCUAGGAGACAGGAGCAGCCAGAGGACUCAGGGGAACCCCAAAAGCGGCCAAGGGUCAAUUCAGUGAUCAGGGAGAAGCUUCAGGAAGUCCUACAAGAUCUGGGCCUGGGCCCCGAGGCUCCCCUCCCCGCUUCCCCGUCUUGUCCCCAGCAGCCCUGGAAGAGUAGUGCUGCCCACUGCCCCCCAAAGAUGCCCCUCCCCAAGGAGCUGGGCUUUAGUCCACACAUGGUGAGGAGAAGGCGGGCUGCGCAGCGGGCUCGCUCACAAUUUCCGGGCUCUGUAUCCUCAUAUGUGGGACAUCGGGCAAAUAAGAUAGUAUCUGGUACAAAAAGUAAGUUAAAUGUACAGAACAGGGACAGUCUCUGCUUGGACCCCCAAACUGCUGAUUCGAGGGUACCCUCUUCCAAGAAGCCCUCACUACUCUCAUAUCCUCAAGGCAAACCAGGAACCCUGAAGGACCGCAAACAAUGCCAGCCAGAGCCCAGGGGGGCUGGAAGGAGCCAUGUAGCCUUUCCUCACCAGCCUUCUGAUUCUGGCCAGGCUCAGUGUCCUGCUGGCCCACCCUUAUCCAGAGCCUCACCAGAUCUGCCCGAGCAGCAACAGCUGCAGUCCCCGGGGUCCCCAGGCUGUCCUUCCCUUUAUUCUCCGUGCAGCUACCUUGACACUGAGUCCAGCAGCUCAGACGAGUUCUUCUGCCACUGCCACCGGCCCUACUGUGAAAUCUGCUUCCAGAGCUCUUCUGAUUCCAGUGACAGUGGCUCGUCAGACGCCAACCCUGAGCAUGCUGGGGGUCUGGCUUCCUGGGAAAAGCUGUGGGCCCGCUCAAAGCCUGUUGUGAACUUCAAAGACGACUUGAAACCCACACUGGUGUGAGACACAGCAGAGCAGGUCUGGGUAUAGAGGUCAGUCUUGGACAAGCCGUACAAAGGCCUACAGGAGG